AUGCACCUCACACUGCCCCUCCUAACCCUCUCCCUCUCCUCCCUCGCCGCCGCCGCCCCAUCAUCCCUCUUCAACUGCCCACCCAAAGGCUUCGACAGCGCGCCCAACUUCGACCUGGAAUCCUACAUCUCCGCGCCGUGGUUCGUGCAGGAACAGCUGCCGGUGUCGUACCAGCCUGUCGAUGAGCUGUUUUGUGUGCGGGCAAAGUAUACGAGGAAGGGUGGGGAUUUGGUUGAUGUAUACAACUACGCCAACCAAAAGACCAUCAACGGCCCAAAAAAAGACACCCACCUAAACGCCGCCCUCACCUCAACGCAAUCCAAACUCAAAGUCGGGCCCACCUUCCUCCCGCGAUUCCUCUACGGAGACUACUGGGUGGUCGCUGCCGGGAACAACGCAACUUCCUCUUCCACCUCCGAAGACACAAACUCAACAUACACCUGGGCCAUAAUAACAACCGGCUCGCCCACCCGGCCGUCUAACGGGAAAUGUCUACCGUUUUUCAAUCCGGGGCUGUGGCUGUUUACGAGGGAACAGGUUGUGAGUGAGGAGAGGAUUGGGGAGUUGAGGGGGAAGGCGGAGGGGUUGGGGUUGGAUGUGGGUGGGUUGGUGAGGGUUGGGCAGUUGGGAUGUACGUAUGAGGGGGUGGAGGUUUAG